AUGGCCGAUUCUGGUGAUGUGAGCUACCCCAACACGGGCAGCCCCGUUGUCGAUAGCGUCAAGUCCGAAGCCUCCAAGACCAGCGGAGAGCUUCGCGAUCUCAAGAACUCGCGUGUCACCCCCUCCACCACUACCGAAAAUGGCCAGCCUUUGACCCACUACCACUCCCUGCUGUACAGCCUUUUGAGCUGGGAGCAACCCCGCGCGACCGCUGUGUCUUACGCCAGUGUCAUCGGAUUCAUCUUCGCCGCUCGUUACCUGCCCCUCCUCCGCUGGGCCUUCAAGUUUCUGUACAUGUCGUUGGGAUUGACUGCCGCCGUCGAAGUCGCUGGCCUUGUGAUCCUUAAGCAGGGCAUCGCCAGCUCAUUCCGCCCCCGUCGCUACUAUACCAUCCCAAAGGAAACCCACGAGGCCGUGCUCGAGGACAUCUCCCAGCUGUUUGACUUCUUCCUGAUUGAGUUCCAGCGUAUUCUGUUCGCCGAGAAUGUCGUUCACACCAUUGCUGCUUUCACCGCUACCUUCACUGGCUACUGGCUGAUCCGCUUCGUUCCGAUCUGGGGACUCGCCGUGAUCUCCGUGACCACCGCCUACUUCGCCCCUCUUGUGUACAUCAGCAACCGUGAGAUCAUCGAUGAGCAGAUCGCAAACCUCCAGGCUAUCAUCAGCUCCCAGACCAACCAGCUGAAGGACUUGGCUGGCGAGCACACCUCCCACGCUACCGGUCUGAUGAAGCAAUAUGUUGGUGACUACAGCUCCAAGGCCCAGGAGUACAUUGGCCGUCGCUCUGCCUCUCCCGAGGCAACCAAGACCAAGCUCGUCUCUCCUAUCGUCAAGGGCGAUGCCAACCCCGAGCCCAUCAUUAAGACUGAGGACUUCCCGGAAGCUCCCAAGGUCGAGCCCGUUUCCGAGCCCAUUUCUCAUCCCGUUGAGUCGGUUGAGAAGGAGGAGGAACGCGAGCCUCUCCUGGCGGUUUAA